AUGCCUAGAAAGAAGUCUGCUGCUAAGAAGGCUAGGGAAGCCGCUGCCAAGACUCAAGGUGAGGUGCCUGAGCAGAAAAUCAGUGAGGAAGUUGAAGCCAAGCCCUUGGAUGCCAACGAUGAACACGAGGAUGCUAGUGAUGAGAGUUCUAGUGAGGAAGAGGACGACUACGGUGAGCUGCUUACUGAGGAAGUUGAAGAUGGUAUCAAGAAUGUGCUUACCGCGAUCAGAAACAAUGAAAAGGAUAAGUUGCUGAACCCAGAGGUGAAAUUCUUUGAGGAUCCAGAGAAGGCUGCUGAAAAGAUGGAAGUAAGUGAAAAACAUAAACCCGUUUACCUGAAGGAUUACCACAGAAUGAAUAUUCUUUCUGGUAAUGCAUUGAAGGAUGAUGACGAGUUGGAUGAAGAUGAGCUUGAGACCGUUGAUGGGAAACAAUCCUUCGUCUCUCAGCAGAGAGAGGAGAGACAACAGCUAUUAAAUGAAAUUAAUAAUGCUUUUGAUGGGGACGACCAGAAAUCCGAAGAAGAAAAUGAUGACGAAGAUGACGAUGGGUUCCUGAAGAAGAAAGAAAAGAAGAUGGAAGUCUCUAAGACCGAUCCAUUAAGAGAAAUUGACCCAAACAAGGACGAGGACAAGUUUCUUGAAGAGUUUGUGAACCAGCAUGCUUGGAUACCGAAAAAGGGAGACAAAAUCAUCUCACUAGAUGGUGGAAUGGACAUGGAAGAAGAUGACGAAGAAUUCGACGACGCAGUGGAACAGUUUGAAAAUGCUUAUAAUUUCAGAUAUGAGGAUCCUAAUGCCGCUGAGAUUGUAUCUUAUGCUCGUACACAGGCCACUCUGAGAAGAUCGAAGACAUCCUCUCGUAGAAGAAAGAGAGAAGAGGAGAAAUCUCAUAAGGAGGAAGAGAAGAAAGAAAAGGAGGAAAAGAUACAAAAGAAGAAGGUGAAGAAAGUAAAUAAGGUCACUGACAUCUUAACACAGAUCAAGAAAGAAUAUGGGGCUGAUAUAAGUGAAGAAAUGGUUGAAAAGAUCACUUCCACACUGAUGAAUAACGACUACAAGGAAGACGAGUGGGAUAAUGUGGUUGCUGAAUUGUUCAAUGAAGAGUUUUACGCUCAAGAAGGUAAGCCUGAAUGGGAUGAAGAUGAUGAGAUUAUGGCUGAUUUCUACAAAGAAGGUGAAGAAGUUAAUGAUGGACAAGAACCACCGGAAUUAGACACAAAUGACACAACGGAAACCAACGACCAAGAUAACGCUGGCCGCUCAAAGAAGAAGAGUAAGAUAGAAGAAAAGAAGAGUAAAAAGAAGGAGAAAAAACAACUUCAAGAGAUGGUUGAAACAGCAAUCGAGAAGAACAAAAUGGCUAUUAUCGAUGAAGUUGAGGAAGAAAGAGGUAGAAGCCGCGAAAAGGAAGAACUGAAAUUUCGUUACAGAGAAGUUUCGCCAGAAAGUUUUGGCCUUUCAACUCGUGAAAUUCUGGCCGCUGAUGAUACUGAUCUAAAUGAGUUUAUCGGUCUAAAGAAGUUUGCCCCAUACAGACCUAAAGAGCUUAGAGCCAAGGAUAAGAGAAAGGUUACCAAGUCUAGAAGACUAAGGGAAUGGAAGAAAAAGGUGUUCAAUAAUGAAUCUGGGUUAACGGAAGAGCAAUUCAUUGCACUAAUGGAAAAGGAAGGUAGUUCUGAACCACCAAUGAAAAAACAUAAAAAAUCUCAUGACAAAGAUAAAAAGAACAAAAAUUCUCACAAAAAGAACAAGAAAUAA